AUGAAUUCUGAUAAUACCCCUAAACAGAUAGAAAAUAUAUCUGACAAUACUUCUUAUUCUAAUAUAGAUCAAGAGUCGAAUAUUCAAUACUCUGAACCACUUAUUCAUACAGAGUCUGAAUCUUCUAAAAAUAAAGAGAUCGAAUUUUUGGAUGAGAUUAACAAUACUUCUACUUCUCAAAUUGAAGACUUAUCUUCAGUUAAUACAUCCAAGUUACCAGGUGAUCUUGAAAUAUAUCCAUCAAACCAUGAUUAG